UACCUUGCAACUUAUUGCUGUGUCGAUUGUGACGGUUUCAAUUUGCCAAAAAGCUGAAAGAAAAUACAACCUCAACUGCCUUCCUGGUGCUUCUUCCCGUGACCCCCUGAUUACUUCAAUUAUAUAUCCCUUCUUCAACAUAUAUACAAGACCAUCUUGUCGACCUUAUGACACUUUUUAACUCUCACAAAUAAUUUAUUUUGGAUUUCCAUGGAGCUUAACUCUAGCAUCUCCACGGUCUUUCUUCUGUUCCUCCUCCUUGUCACGCCUCACAUUUCUAGAGGAGGAUCUGAAGUGGCAGAUUCAGAGGUUUAUGAGAUUGAUUAUAGAGGACCAGAGACUCACUCGUCAGUUAUGCCUCCUCCUGGCCAUUUUCAUGGCAGGCCUUGGAUUCAUCAAGAUACUGUCAAGACAUCUCAUAAACCCCAAGGUUUCAGAGGUGGUAAUAACGGAGAACAAGCUAAAAAAAUUCAUGGAUGAGAGAGAGCUAUGUGGAGGAAGUAUUAGUUUUGUUUCAAGUUAUUACACUUUAGUUCCUUCGAUCUCUUAGGUACGGAUAGAACAUUUGCAUGUUGAGAAAUGAAAUCUUUUGUCAUUUUUCAACUUUCUGCAAUGGCUGUAAAUGUUGUUUGUGUGAUCUAAGCUGCUGAGUUCGUGUAACUGUUGCGUAUCUUCAAGUUUUAUGAAGGAUUGUUCCGUCGA